AUGUCUGCUAAUUCUCAAAUAAAAAAUCCUUAUGAAGAAAAUCUAUCACUUUCAAAAACAAUAUCUAAACAUCGAGGAUGGGGACGUCCUGAUAUCUUUCAUAUGAGAGGAUCUGUUAUUGUUGCAAUUAUACCAAUUGUUUUCUUUUCAACAGCUAUUUCUACUGUCGUAACUGUUUUGUAUAUUAUUUUUGAUAAAAAAAAUAUCACGUUACCCGAUAGCAUAAUUGGGUCUGUUGCUGUUGUUGUUGGUCUCUUAUUAGCUUUUCGUACAAAUAAUGCUUAUGAUAGGUAUUAUGAAGGAAGAAAACUUUUUAGUAAUCUAUGUACUCAAAUUCGUAAUGUUUCUCGUCUUACUUGGGUCGGUAUUAGAGAAUUCAAAAAUCCUCAAGAUCAUAAUGAAAAGGUUGCUAUUAUCAAGAUGUUAUUAGCAUUUGCUGUGGCAGUCAAGCAUCAUUUGAGAUUGGAAUUUGGUACAGAAUGGUUUGAUUUAGAAGAUCUCCUUCCUGAUGGAUUUCAAUUGGCAGUAUUUGAUGGAAAUGCGGGACAAGAGAAUACAGAUUUGGGGGGUGGAGGUAGCGAAGAUCAUAGAGAUGAUCCAAAUCAUCCUGAUAAUCGUGACUUGCCACCAACAGCAAUUCGUUCAUUGGCAGGUUCAUGGAGUCAAACUUCCAUUUAUUUCAACAAUGGUAAACUUAAAGAUAAUUCUAACUUGGAUGCAAGCAUGAGUUUACCUCUGGAAAUAGUUUUUCAUUUGGGUGCAUAUUAUGAUAGACAAGUUCUUGAUAAUAAAGAUCCAAACAAUCCAAAAAUUACUGGAGCCGCAUUUGGCGCUAUAUCUGGUUCUUUAAAUACUUUAAUUGAUAUUUUAGGUAGCUUAGAAAGAAUUGGCAAUACUCCAAUCCCGUUUGCUUAUAGAAUUCACUUGAAACAAGCUGUAACCAUUUAUGUUUGGGUCCUUCCAUUCACGCUUGUUUCAACACUUUAUUGGCUUACAAUUCCAGUUGUUAUGAUGAUUGCCUUUAUUCUCUUUGGCGUUGAAGCUAUUGGAUCUGAAAUUGAAAAUCCAUUUGGUUAUGAUAGAAAUGAUUUACCAUUAGACGAAUAUUGCAAGGAUUUGGAAGCAGAAAUUAAAUAUUUGCAAAAGUUCCUUCCAUCAAAUUCAACAAAAACCAAAAAAACUAUUUAA